AUGACUUCAUCUUUCUUGAAAAGCUACCUGGGCCUCGGCUCUGGCGCCUCCCCAAAGAACGAAAACGCGACCACGCGAGCACUGCCAGCGUCAUGGUACACCUCUCAGGAGAUGUUCGAACUGGAGCGACGAGCCAUUUUCUCCAAGAAGUGGCUUCUGACGACCCACAAAUUGCGUCUCCCCAACACCGGUGACUGGCUUCGGUAUGAUGUCGCCGGGUAUGCCUUCAUCCUGGUGCGAGAUCGCGAAGGAAACAUCAAUGCCUUCCACAAUGUCUGUCGACACCGAGCGUUCCCUGUGGUGACUGAGGGCGAAGGGACCUCCAGGAUCUUUUCCUGCAAGUACCACGGUUGGUCGUACGGUCUCAAUGGCAAAUUGGCCAAGGCGCCCGGAUACCAGGACCUGGAGGGCUUCGAUAAGAGCAAGAAUGGCCUCCUGCCAAUCCAUGUACAUAUCGAUCACAACGGAUUCAUCUGGGUCAACCUGGAUGCAGGCGAGCAACCCGAAAUUGCGUGGGAGGAUGAUUUCAAGGACAUCGACUUGCAGUCCCGAUUCCAGGACUUCAAUUUUGAGGAAUACAAUUUCGACCACACUUGGGAGAUGGAGGGCGACUUCAACUGGAAGAUCCUGGCCGACAACUACAACGAGUGCUACCACUGCCUGACGGCACACCCGGAUAUUCCGUCGUUGGCAGAUCUGAGUGCCUACGCAGUCGACACCAAGGAUGGCAGCAUUGUGCACUAUGCCAACGCCACGCCCGAGCAGAUUUCGCGCGGGCUGAAGAUUGCCAGCACAUACUACUUCCCGAACGCCUCGAUGACCGUCUCGCCACACUUCUUUUUCAUGCAGCGAUUUAUUCCGACCUCGCCGGGCAAAUGCUCCAUGCAGUACGAGGUGUACCGGAACAAAAGCUCGAGCGAUGAAGACUUUGAGUUGAUCAACGCCAUGUACAAGCGGAUCAUGUCCGAGGACAAGUAUCUGUGCAUCCACACACAGAAGAACCUGAACACGGGGGUCUUCGUCAACGGAGAACUGCACCCGCGCAUGGAGAAGGGUCCCCUGUAUUUCCAGACCGUGGUGCGGGAUAUUGUGUUGCAGCACCACAAGCGAGAAGAGCAGGCAGGACAUGAGAUUUGGCCCGCUCGGCAACACUUGCCAGUGAAUGCGUCCACGAGUCAGCAGGACAUUGAUUUCUGCUCGAAGCUGGCGAGUCAGAGCCAGGCCAAUAAAGACUGUGGUUCGGCUGUGGCGCGCGAGAGCAGUGGAUGCUGUGGGGGAAUGGCAUGCCAGACCGGCAAUGAAGCCCUGGUUUAUUAA